CAGGGGGAAAAAUGGCGGAAGCAGAUGUUCUGUUUGAAUCAGAUGGCGUGUCGAGUGGAGAUGAGAAUCAUUUGAUUACAGUGACGAAUGCAAACGGAAAUAAGAGAAGUGGCGGCAAUACACCAAUAGGUGUAGUUUGCCGUAACUUUAAAGAAGAAGAAGAACUUCCGGUUCUCCUUGCUUGAUUUCUUCACUAAAAAGCCGGAGUGUGGUCUUAGGAAAGGUAGCUAAACAAAUACAUGGUUUAAUGGAAAAAUGAUAUAAUAUAAGCUAGCUUGAUUAUAUAUAAUGUUGUUCUUUCCAUUAUUAAUAACGAACCAUUCGGUUUCAUGAUACUAUACCAUCGGCAAGGAAAGAUGUUGGAGAGUUGACUGAGUUUAUGACAACAACACACGUUGUUGUUGUAGUAGCUAAACUAGCUAGCUACAUGCACCUAGCUAGCUAGCAGGAUUAUAUUGUUAAUUUACAGUUUACUAAACGUUGAGUUGAUUGAACGACUGCGAUCCAUUCCGUUACAAAAUUGCAUUAUUUGUUUUUGAUGUACAUUUGCUCCACAGAGUUUAGCCAACUAUAUAGCUAACGUUACUGUACACGUGAAGACUACCUAAUAUGGGUCGCCGCAAGUCCAAGAGAAAGCCCCCCCCAAAGAAGAAGCUUACUGGAAAUUUGGACACUCAAUUCACCUGUCCGUUCUGCAAUCACGAAAAGUCAUGUGAUGUGAAAAUGGAAAGGACCAGAAAUACUGGGAUAAUAUCAUGCACAGUUUGCCUGGAGGAGUUCCAAACCCCCAUUACCUAUCUGUCAGAGCCUGUGGACGUGUACAGUGAUUGGAUAGACGCUUGUGAAGCAGCCAAUCAGUAGCCCAGGCUCACCGGGGCGGAAGACCUCACGUUGGAACAGGAAGCUGAUUUAGAGGUGGCGCUCGUCUGUUUCUCACCAAUCACUGCCAGUCUUCAGCUCAAGAUGAUGGUCCCGUUCCAGGCCGACUACAUUGCAGACGUCGCAUUGCAUCAACCAAUAGUUGCCACGUCAUCAACUGCUGUUGGGCAUCAUAUUGCUGUGUCAUGUGGUUAGCUGAUAUGUGAACCAACUAUCCAGACGUUGUGAGAUCUGGCAGAUGCCUACAAUGUAGUCAGCCUGGUAAGCAACCUCUGACCUUUACCUCACCGCACAUCUCCCACACUAGUGACCUGGCGUCCACCGAGACUGUCCUGCGUAGCCAUAGUUCAGUCCAGAGCCCUAUAUAGAUUACGCCCCAAAUGGCACCCCAUUCCCUAUGUAGGGCACUACUUUUGACCUGCUCCUGUAGGGCUCGGGUGGAAAGUAGUGCACAAUAUAGGGAAUAGGGUUCCAUGUGGGAUGUGACCUUAGAGGUAUAUAUGACUCUGGUUAAGUCAACCUAUUCCCCUACUCACCGUUUUAAUUCAUACAGACUUCAUUUUAGCGGUUAGUUGUCAUGGCUCCUAGCUUACUGGUAGGAUUAUACAGUUAGUUGCUGCUCUUGGGUUAGUUUUUGUUUUACCACAAUUCGUUUUUACUCUCCCCUGUGUACAGAGAUACACAAUACCACAGUGUACAGCAAUACCAUAGUGUUGGGUCAUUCCAUUGGGGUAUAUUCGGUGUAACUCUGAGUGUGUUUAUGCAGAGUAAACUAGUGGGGUGUUCCAGAAAGUAGGAUUGUUAAGUUAGCCAGCUAACUUUGAUAUGCAGUUAAAUAUAUCUUUAUUUUAUAUUUAGAAAGCUAAACUUGAAUAUGGGUUGUUGUUGGUUGUCAAGUCAAUUAUACCAUGACGAUUUCAAGUUGGAUUUUGUUGGGACUGUUAGCUGGCUAAGUCAUUGAUCCUGCUUUCUGGAACAGUCUAAACUCUCAAGUGGUUUCUGAAAUAUUUUCUAUGAAUAUCCCAGGUCCUUUUUCUUAUUGUGAAAAUGGUUACGGUAUCUCCCUGAAGACAUGUUGCACCAUUCCUUUGUUAGAGAAAAUGUACUAAAAGGGAGAGGUAGGAUGGUACAUAAACAGUAGGUCCAAAUUAGUAUUAUUGAUUUGAUUAUUUUAGUUUUUCAAAUGAUAAGAAAAUUGCCAAUGAUUUGCAAUUGGUUGCCCUUUGUAAUAUUGUAAUGAUUUUUAUUUUCAAUGUGACAAAUUAAAAAGUGUUGUAUUUUGACACCCACAA